AUGCACAGGCUUGAUUCUAACAAGAUCAUCAUCUGCAACGGAGUAACACUAAAGGCUCUGUUGGAUGUUAUCAAAGAAGGUGAUUUCUCAGUCAGCAGGCAAGCUGUUUCGGUUGUUUCUCACCUCUGUAAGCUACCGGAGAACAAGGUAAAGGCGGUUUCGGCUGGUUUGAUUCCAUUGCUGACGGAUAAGAUCAAAGCAGGAGGAAGUUCGACUCUGGAGUUGAGACUCUGCUUGAGGGAAUCAAAGAAAUUUCAAGAGGCAUCCGAGCUUGUGAGCAAGAAAAUGGAGAAUGAUGUUGUGGCUGAAUCUAAUGACCUGCUCAAGAAAACUUCACCAGUAAAGGAAAUCAAUGACGUCAAUUGGACUAAAAAGGUUGAAAAUUCUGUAAAACCCAGCACAAAGAAGAAACUUAUGUGGAAAGUGUUUUUGAUUCUCUUCUUUCUUUUUCUUCUUGCUCGGCGCCAUACUUGA